ACCUUUAAAAUGUAUGUUUAUAAUUUCAUCUAUACAAUAAAAUCAUAUUACUUAACAUUUGAAAAAUGAAAAUACAAAUGAAUUUUAUAGAUAAAGUGAUGAAAAACUUCUCUCUUAUAGAUUUUAUAUUCUUAUCUUUACUACUAAUAAAAGCACAAAGUAUUAAUGAUAAUAAUUUAUGGCAAGUUAUAACUUCAUAUCCAAAUGCAACUAAAUUUGCAGAUUUUAUUCAAGAAAUAGGACUACAGAGUUUGCUCGAAAAGCCUGGUUGUCUUGGUGAUGAUGAAUGUUUGACAAUAAUUUUACCUACAAACGAUGCAAUUGAUCUUAUGGCUAAUGAUUUAGCAUGGUAUAGUUUAGGCGAUUAUCAAAAACAUACAUUUAUACAUGGUCAUAUAAUUCAGAGAGGGAUUACUACUGGUCAGUCAUCUGUACGUGUAAAAACCAGAGAAUGGACAAAAUUAGGUCAACAAAUGAACUUCAUCGAUAUUGGAUUCGGUACAGGUGUUGAAUACACAACAUUAUUUGCUAAACAAAGAUUCGGGUUUUCAACUGUAGCAGAUUCUACACCUUUAUAUUUUGUAAAUAAUGCAAAAAUUAUGACACCAGAUGUUAUGGCUUCAAAUGGAAUAAUACAAAUAGUAAAUCAAGUAUUGUAUACACCACAUAUUUCAUUACCAUUUAUGGAAUUUUUACAAAAACAAGGAAAUUUAGGUAUAUCAAAAGAAUUAUGGUAUUUACUAUUACAAGAACCUAAAUAUGCACCAUAUCCAGCGCAACAAAUCUAUUCAACUAUAUUUGUUGUUAAGGAUUCUGGUUGGAACUCAUUACCAAUUACUCAACUGAAUAGAUUAAGAAAGAAUAUCACUUUAUUAGCUUCUGUUUUAUCUUAUCAUUAUUGUCCAAAUCAACUUAUUUAUCGUGAAUGGAUUUCAGUGAAACCCAAUAUGAAUAUUUAUACUGGUUUUCCCAAUAGACCACAAUCUGCAAGUAGUAUUCAACCAAGUGAAUUAAACUCAGCCCAACUGUACAAGAGUAGUGGUGAUUCAAUUAUAAUAUCAAGUGGAAAUACUGAAGCAAAAUUAGAAGAUAAAAGUUUUAUCAUACAAAAGGCAAUUGUUCAUAUCAUUCAAAAGCCAUUAGCAUUUAUAUUUGAAACACGUGAAGAAAUUCUAAAUAGAAUUAAUUCAAAUCUGUUAUAUUCAUGUCAAUUAGAUACAAUUUGUAAGAAUAUGUUAACAUCAUCUACAGAUCUAACAAUUUUUUCACCGAAUGCACAAGCCAUGCAAAAUUUUAAUAAAUUACCUACUAAUGAAAAGGCAAUUUAUCUUAAAUAUUUAUUUUUACCUAUGAAGUUAUAUCAAGCUGAAAUGACAUUAAGUCGUCGUAUCCCUGUUGAAAAGUUAGAAGAUGCUAUCCGCUUUAAAAUAAUUGAUCAAUCUACUUUUAUUGAAGCUCGAUUACCUAAUCAAGGCUAUGUUGCAGCUCGUAUCAUCAAUGCUAAUCAAGCGGCAACCAAUGGUAUUGUUCAUACUGUUGAUGCUAUUCCAGGUUUACCAUAUGAAACGGUUCAACAGUAUGUAGCUAGAAUCCCUGAUUUUACUUUAUAUUACAAUACAGGUUUUAUUCAAUCAAUGACUGUUGGUGAACCAUAUACAUUUCUAGUACCAACAAACCAAGCAAUGACUUCUAUAAAUAAUGACAUUGAAGUAGGAAACAAACUGAUGACUGAUAAACUUCGAAAAGAUUUUGUGAGUAGCAUGUUCAUUUCAUAGAGAAAUAAUACUAUUGUUAUUAAAUAUUUAUACCAGUCAAGUAAGUGUUUAUAUGAAUGUCAAUAUAAAGAUAAUCUUCCCUGGAUGAUCAUCUACGUCUGGGGAUUAGUGAAUGACUGCUAUGUUUUUAUUUGAUACUUUCUCUGAUUGCUCAUUAGUUAUACCCAGACUUACAACCAAACCCAGAAUUUACAGAUCUUAUAAUCAUAUAGAUACCACUCAGUUACUGAGUCUAAAUCAAACGACUGUUACAUUCUUGAAUUUUUCUGAGUAGACAAUUUACCAAACCAUAAACAUUCAACUCUUAUUACAUUGAGUUGCUGAGUAUUGGAACGAAUAUCCUGGAUGUCUGAAGAGAAUUUGUGAUCUAUGAAAUUAGUACAAUCAAAUUAGGGAGAUAUAACCGACUGUUUAUGAAAAACGAAACAGAAACAAAUGACAUGGUCUUCAUCAGUUCACAUUCUAAGCCAAUUAUAAUGAUGUGUGUGAUCGAUGAGUUUCAUACUCUCUACAGUCAUAUUUAUAAAGCUAUGAUACGUCGGAGGAAACUACCAAACACAAAUAUCAUUCAUGCAUCAUAAAGGUAGGCUGACGAUCUUUCUGGAUUUUAAUCAGUAAUAGAGUUAAAAAUAAUACUGAUGUGAAGUCCAUUAGGGGAACAUAUAUAAAAAAUUUUAAACCAUUGAAGUCAGAAUUUCAAAAUAACAACAAUUACUGAAUGGUGAUCUAGGCCAGUAACGGGGAUGUUUUUAUGUUCAUGAUGUCCCUACUAAAUACAAAUGGUUUUCUAAAGGUGGCAAUGAUUGGACAUCGAGAAUUUCCAAAGAUCCUUAAGUCAGUUUUCGCGACUGCACAACAGAAACGCUUGAAUCGGUUUAGACUACACCAACGUUUUAGAGUUAGAUCAGCAGCACUAAGUCUGAACUAGAGAUAGUGUAAUCCAUCAUGUCAUUCAGCGAACGAAGAUUGGUCAUUUUUAAACCAACAACCACCACCAAUAAUUAAGCAACUACUCAGAAGAUAGAUAAAAUAUAUUGUGUAGUUAUGCAAAUAUACUAGAACAAAAAGUAUGUUUAACAAAAUAACUUGGCAUAUUCUUACCUACAUAAAUAUAUUUUGAAAUUAUCAUCAGCUAUGAGAAAUUAUGUUUUAUAAAGUAAUUAUAUCAUAUAAUUAAAGAUCUACAUAAGGACAAAAUAGACAAUGAACAACUUUGUUUUUCGACAGUCUAGUUCAUCACUUUCAGACUUCUUUUUUUUAAUGUCAUACUUAAUAUUUUUUAUAGGUGUUUCGUCGUAAUACAUUUCCACUGGACUUGAUAAUUCAAGAUAUGGAUAUACGUAAAGUAUAUUAUGUGUCUACAGCAAAUUAUGCAUUCACACGUGAACAAUUACGUCUGGAAAUUAAUUCUAGGAAUUCUGAUAAAGAAGGUGUAUUCACAUAUCUAGACGAAAGAAUUCAAGUAUUAUCGCUAAAUGGACCUUAUCAAUUUACGAAUGGUUUUCUUUAUUCAAUAGACAAAAUCCUUUAUACAAAAUCGGAUCUUAACGCAACAAUGUGCACCGUAUCAGCUUGUGCAUAAGUGGAACAUAAUUCUGGUUGAAUCAAUUAUUUAUUCACUAUGGUUGUCCUCAAUAUUGAAAUGUAAUAAACUUUACCUAAAUUGAUUAGUUGUUCUGAUGCACAUUCGGUGAUUUAUUACCUUGUCUGUUUAUAUUAAGUAAUAUUCAGUACGACUUUUCACUCUAUUCGUCCUCAUUAAUAAAUGUAUUAU